AUGAAAAAUGCGAUUAAAAACCUGGUUAUGUGUUUACCCUGCGUCCUGAUUCUGUUUCUAUACGAACACUAUGCAUACAAGAUUGAUAACAUAAAAAUUAAAAAAGGGCAAUUUAGUGACGCCUUGGAAAGGACAGUGCACAAAAUUAAUAAACGCGUCCAAAAGGACAGUGGCACAUACUAUGACGUUUGCAAGUAUAAAAAAAUUCCCAAAAUUUUAAUAGAAAGGAAAAAUAAGCUCAAAAAUACCCAAAAGGUUAAAUACAUCGUAGGGAUUGAAAACACGUGUGAUGAUACUUGUAUCUGUAUCCUUGACUCCAACUUGAACAUUGUUAAAAAUGUUAUCAUAUCGCAUUUUAAGGUGGUUCACAAGUAUGAGGGUGUGUAUCCAUUUUUUAUCAGCUCCAUCAACCAGCUGUUUUUGAAGCCCUACGUGGAGAAGAUUCUCGAGGGCAUUGACAAGAGUCGAAUUAACUGCUUCGCCUUCAGCGCUUGCCCGGGAAUAGCUAAAAGUAUGGAGGCCGCCAAAAACUACAUAGGGGAAAAGAAGAAGCAGAACCAAAGCAUACAAAUAAGUCCAAUCAAUCACGUUUUUGCUCAUGUCCUGUCGCCUCUCUUUUUCCACGUGUACAAUGAUAAAAAUACAUAUACGAAUAAUGGCCAGUACAAGGACGGAAAAUGCGAUCAAUCGAAAAAUGAACCUGGGAUCGAUAUGUAUAUCGAGGAGGAGGUCAGAAAGGAUAAGACACAAAUGGAAAAAGUGAAAGGCAUUGUGCAGAUUCUCAAUAGCAACGAUAUGACGAAGCAGAAGAUGCCACGUUUUAGCGAAGAGGAGUUUUUAAACUGCGGUAAUUAUGUGCUGAGGGGAGUGAUGGGCAAUGCAGCACCCCAAAGUGUAGUCUCCAAGCGGAAGAACACCUCUGCACCGGAAAUACAUUAUAGUGGGGAUGCACCUCAGGGAAGCAAUUUGACAGAUGGAUACAUCUGUGCGUUAGUUUCAGGAGGAAGCACACAAAUUUACAAAGUUCAAGGGAACAAAAGACAUGACAUUAACUUAUGCAAGUUGUCCGAGACGGUCGAUAUUUCCAUUGGAGACAUAAUUGACAAAAUUGCCAGGCUUCUGGGGCUCCCCGUUGGGUUAGGGGGAGGUCCCUUCCUUGAAAAGAAGUCAGCAGAGUUCGUUACAAGAAUGAAGGAGGAGCAGUUGAGUGGGGAAGCUUGUGCGGAUCCAUUUCAGCCCUUUCCCCUGCCCUUUUCCGCGAAUAACCGAAUUGAUUUUUCCUUUUCAGGUAUGUACAACCACCUGCGCAAAAUCAUCGAGGAAUUAAAAAAAGGAGAGUCCUUCGAGCGGGAAAAAGACAGAUAUGCCUACUUCAGUCAGAAGAAUAUGUUCAACCACCUAUUGACGCAGAUUAACAAAAUUAUGUACUUCUCAGAGCUACAUUUCAAUAUAAAAAAAUUAUUCAUAGUGGGGGGAGUUGGGUGCAACCAGUUUUUGAUCAGCGAGUUGAAAAGCAUGGCUAUGAAGAGAAAUCAAUUGGAAGUGCAGCUUAAUGAAUUUAAAAAAUUAAAGAAAAGGCUAAGUAAAAGGAUAAAAAAAAUAAGUGAGAACAAAUUUUUACAUUCGAAAGUGUCCAAGGAAGUGCUCAAAGGGGAAAUUGAAUUCAGUGCAUCCCUGAAUUGGGAUGUUUACUUAAAGCAUCUUUUAAAGAGGAAAACGGAACAAGAUAUUUUGUCAGCUUUAAAAUGUUUUAAUUUUGAGGACUUUACGAAACUGAAGCAGGAGGGCCAUUUUCUGCUCGAGGGUUGUUCCGCUUCCUCCAAAAGCGAAACGCCCUGGAGCGUGUACAGGACGCCGCCCAACCUCAGCAGAGAUAACGCGGCCAUGAUUUGUUUUAGCGCUUUUUUGAAUUUGCACAACAAAAGCAACCUCCAUGAGGAUGUAUCUCAGAUUGAAAUUAAACCAACGGUGAAGACCCAGGUUGAAAAUAAUUUCCUUCUCGUUUCCGACAUUAUCAUUUUUGAUGUGUUUCUGCAUCAGUUUGGCGCUCAGGGGGUGGGUGGUAACCGAUAA